UUACUUGAAGGUUUAUGUCAGUUUGUGGUGUUUUGCUUAUUUUAUCAGCACCCAUCUUUCUCUGUUGAUGCAAUAAUGCUUUUUUGCCUCCUUUCUCAGGAAAAUAAGUAGAGAGAAAAGCUUUAAAAACCAUGGAGUGGCUUGGUUGCCAUGGCAACAAGAUUUUCCCCACAGUAGAGGCACUGGUACUGUUGGAGCAGGUGGUGUCAGUAAAGUUCUGGUUACAUUACUCAAGCAAUCGCACCGGAAGGACAAACAGAGACAACAAGGACUGGGGACGAAAUUGUGUCUGAUUUCUGUUUCAUUGUAGUGUGCGUGUGUGUGUGUGUGUGUGUGUGUGUGUGUGUAUGUGUGUGUGCGUGCAUGACCGACAGACAUAACAAGGUCACAACAGACUCAGCAUGCUGUGUGAUGUGUGAAUGUGAAUUUCAACUAGAAUUUUACUGAAAUUCAAGACUUGACAGAAACAUCAUGCAAACCAUAAAUAAACCAAAACUUGUUUGAUAAACGCCACACAGGAGAAUAAACAACACUUAUCAGCUUUAACCUGUUUUUCUCAUCCAUACUUCUGAAAAAUGUUUCUUUUAAAUCUGAAAAAUAAAACAUUCAGUAAUACUACAGUACUACAAGACUCACUGUGACCUUUUUACUGCGGUCUCAGUGGUAGGCUUCAGACUUUUCAACUUCAAAUGUGUUUGUAGCCCAGAGGAAAACUGUCAUGUAGAAAAUAAACUCUUUUUUUAAUCCACAUUUUUGAUUGGACCGGAUAUGGGUAUUGCGGGGUAUUAUGGGUUAUUUGUUAUCUGUCAAUCAUUUAUCAUCAUAAAUGUAUGAAGUAUGCAUGAAAGACAAAUACCUAUAUAAAGAGAAGCUUUUGACAGAGACAAAGGAGUGAUAUAUUACAACAUUAACUUAGUUCAUGGAGGUGUUAGAUCUAACUAUGCUAACUGACUGCUAACAAAAGGCUGGCUAAUGAUCUGCAAUUAAACUAGUGGUAUCUAGCAAAUCAAAAUGAAAGUAUUCAACAUGUAACUCUAUCAUCAAACCCUCCAUUCACAGUGAGAGUCUCCUGUACAGGCUUAAAGGGGGAUAGAGAAGAACAGAGUGGGAGGAGAACAGAAGAAAUAGAGGGGAGGGGACUCAAAAUCGUCAGCAACCAGGCAUUCAUGCUUUCUCCCUGAUCUCUCUCUCUCUCGCUCUCUCUGUCCCCCUCCCCUACUCCCCAUACUUUGUUUGUGUCACUCUCUCACUCUCUCCUUCUGCACAGAGAAGUCAGCGAAUGCUUCAGCUGGCAUCUGCUCUCUCACUUUCCCCCUGCUUCAGUUCCUCUCUUCUCUCUGCUCCUCUGAUACAUCUGCUUCUUUUUCUUACCUUCCUUCCUCUCCUUCUUCCUCCCUUUGCCCGCAGUUUAUCCUCAAGCCACCAUGGUGAACAGAUAACCGCCCAGCUGUCCUGAGACCAUGGGUGCCUGCCUCUGCAAAGGUCACAAAGAGCUCCACCAUGCCAUGACAGUAUUUCAGGACCAGAUUGAGGAGGGUCAGCCAUCCUCUGUCAAAGAUGAUCAGAAUCCCUCCAAUGGCAGUGUUACAGAUAAAACCAGCGGUUACAACAUCGGCGAGCUGGCUACCUCCUCGCUGAUAGGCCUGGUGGCCACGAUAAAGGAGCAUAUCACCAAGCCGACAGCGAUGGCCCAGGGGCGAGUGGCUCACCUGAUUGAGUGGAAGGGUUGGGGUGGAGGCGGUGAGGCCAGUGGUGGUUGGAGCGGGGCCUGGGGUAAGGGAGGUGCAGGCUGGGGUGGGGUGGGGGCCGAGUUACAGGAGGAUGAACAGUUCUACUCCCAAAUGACGGACGAGAUCAAGGAAGCUCGCUUCGCUGCAGGAGUGGCAGAGCAGUUUGCUUUGGCUGAGGCAGCCAUGAAUGUGUGGUCCAUGAACGACAACAUAGAGCAGCCCUCCACCAGUUUGCAAGCCUCACAAAGCCACUUCUUGUCUCAGUUCCUGUUGGACAGUGGAAGUGUCAGUGUUCCCCAUCACAUGUACAACAUCCACGCCCGGACUUAUGGGGACAACAGGGCAGCCCACCUGGUUCCUCCGCAGACAGUUGACUCCAUUUCAACGAUGUUCAACACUCAGGAGGAUAGAGAUCAUCCCUUCCAGGACAGAAGUACUGUGACUGCAGAGGCUGUUGUCCGACAUGUAGACAGCAGCUCGCUAUCUGAGGAUGACGUUUUUUAUAACUAGACUUAAAGGGAAAACAAGCCAGCAAUCUUGAUGGCAAUAUCCAAAGUGAGCCUUACUGAGAGGACUUGAGACUCAAUCACCAGCAAUGGCUGAUACAAAAAAAAACAAAAAACAAAACAAAACAUAAAGGCAGACAUCUGUGAGAUAUAUCAAGAGACAAUUUCUCAAAUAGCUUGUGUGAAAGUUAAAGCUGGUUUUCACAUGCAUCGACAAAGACUCCAAAUUACUUUUGUGAAUAUACAAAAUCUCCUGAAUACAUUUCACUUUUUUAUUCAAUGUACAUUAAAAAUUUCGUAUUAUAUGUAGAACUGAAGGGUCAGACAAUAGCAGUAUAAAUAUCUUGCUAUAAAACAUCAGUUUUAUUAUAUGUGCUGUACAAGUUUGUCCAGUAUUGUUUUUGAUCCCAUAUUCUCUCACACCAAUGAGUUGGACAGAUGGUUUUGGUUAAGGGACAAAAACAUGAAGGCAGUCUGAGUAGAGAAAAUGAAAUAGACUGAAAAUGUGUGCUGUUUGAGAUUUCUCAUCUGUAUCUGGAGAGAAGAAGUCUGCUGUAAAGAACCAAUUAUCUGUGUGAGUCCCAUCUAUGAUUAGCUAUUAUUCACACUUUUCUGUCUGAGAGUGGGUGCAUGGGAGUGGUGCAGAGAGAAGAAAAACAGAAAGGAACAAGGCUGGAGUGUAUGUUAGCUGUGUGUUUAGAGAGCGAGAGAUAGUUGGAGAAUGGAGGUGUUAAUGUUACUUGUCAUCACAUAGGCUUACACAAAAUGAAGCUGACAUGUAUGGUGCACUGUGGCUGUUUCCCCCUCUGUUAUCUCAAUUUAACUCCGAAUAGUGAUGUGGAAAAGAAAAACAAACAUCUAUCAUGAAAGAAAACUCUUAAGCAGAUCAGUCAGCUUAUUUGUGGUUUAAUUAGUUCUCCAGUGCAACAACUACAGCUGCAGCAGCUUUGUGUUGUGAAGAAAAUGUGACUCGGAAUCAGAUCAAGUAGCUAACGCAGUGUUGUGUCUUGUUGGUCUACAGAAAAAUGCUGUAGGUUUGUAAAGGCAGAACAAUUUAUUAUUUAUUACAAUUUAAUGUCUAAAGAGAACAGGAAACUAGCUGCGAAACAGGAACUGGAGCUGCUCUCAGUAAGUGGGACUUGAUUAGAGUUUAAGGCUCUGUUACAUGGAGAAUCUGAUUAAACUAUUUUCCAUUU